AUGUCGCUCGCAACCGACACAAAGAUCGCCGAGUUCACUCACACCUCAACCGACGACAUCUACCGCCUCACAGACACCAUCCGCGCCACCUUCCGCUCUAACAAGACCAAGGAUCUCAAGUACCGCACCCUCCAGCUCCGUAAGCUCUACUGGGCCAUCAAGGACUACUCCCCACAGCUCUGCGAUGCCCUGCGCAAGGACCUGAGGAAGUGCAAGCACGAGGCCGUCCUCUCCGAGGUCGACUGGUGCGCCAAUGACUGUCUCUACAUGCUGAAGAACCUCAGCAAGUUCGCCGCCGAGGAGAAGUGCGAGGAUGUGCCUCUCACCUACGCCGCCCUGAAGCCGCGCAUCCGCAAGGAGCCCCUGGGCAUGGUUCUCGUCAUCGGCGCUUUCAACUUCCCCGUCCAGUUGACCCUUCUUCCCAUCAUCGGCGCCAUCGCCGCCGGCUGCACCGCCGUCUUGAAGCCUUCCGAGAGCGCCCCAGCCACCGCCAUGGUCCUGACCAAGAUCUUCGAGGUUGCUCUUGACCCCAAGGCCUACACCGUCAUCAACGGUGCUGUCCAGGAGACUCAGGCUCUUCUUGACGUCAAGUGGGACAAGAUUAUGUACACGGGCAGCACUGCCGUCGGCAAGAUCAUCUCCAAGAAGGCCGCUGAGACCCUCACGCCCGUCACCCUCGAAUUGGGUGGUCUGAACCCGGCUUUCGUCACCAAGAACGCCAACGUCAAGCUCGCCGCUCGCCGUCUCAUGUGGUCAAAGUGCCUCAACGCCGGCCAGGUCUGCAUUUCUCAGAACUAUAUCCUGGCCGACCGUGCCAUCGUCGAGCAACUCAUCCAGGGCCUCAACGCUACUUACAAGGAGUUCUUCCCCAGCGGCGCCAAGAACAGCCCUGACUUCUCUCGUAUUGUCAACAAGAAGUCUUUCCAGCGCAUCAAGAAGAUGAUUGACGAGACGAACGGAAAGAUCGUCAUGGGUGGUGGUUUGGACGAGGACCAGCUCUACAUUGAGCCCACCGCCGUGCUGGUCGAUUCCAUGCUCGACUCCGUCAUGAAGGAUGAGUCUUUCGGCCCAGUUUUCGCCAUCAUGCCGUAUGAUACCCUCGACGACGCAAUCAACAUUGCGAACCAGGUAUACAGGACGCCUCUGGCGCUCUUCGCUUUUGGCAAUGAUCAGGAGAGCAAGCGAAUCCUCAACGAGGUGACUUCUGGCGGUGCCACCAUCAACGACGGCUUCUUCCAUGCCUCCAUGUCGACUGUCCCCUUCGGCGGCGUCGGUGAUUCCGGCACGGGCAACUACCGCGGUCGCGCGUCCUUUGACGCCUUCACCCACCGUCGCUCCGUCGCGCAGACUCCUUCGUGGCUGGAGAAAUUCAUCCGUGUUCGCUACAUGCCGUACUCCCCCAAGGAGCUCAAGCGCCUCCAAGGCAUGACAAAUGACAAGCCCGACUUUGACCGCAAUGGUAUUCAGGUCCGCGGGGUGGGAUACUGGGUCAAGUUGGUCUUGGGGCUCGGCGCGAAAGGUGCUACAGGUGCGUUGUUGAGAUGGGUCUUGGCCCUGGUAAGUAUGUACACCCUAACCCAGCGAAGGCGUUCUUAG